CGGGCGGCCCCGCGGCCCCGCUCGGCAGCGCUCUCUCCCCGCCUCGGCCCGGUCCCGGCCUGCGGGGCCCGGCGCAGCUCUGCGGGGCCAUGGCGGAGUGGGCUCCCGCACAGGUGCAGGAGUGGAACGUGGAACCCCCCCACCUGAUGCCUCUGCAGCCACCGCUGCUCCCGGAGCGGGCGCACGUGAGGGAGGCACAGCUGCACUCAGCCGAGGCGUCGCUGUGGACGGUGGUGGCCACAGUGCAGGCGAUGGAGAGGAAGAUCGACCUGCUGGCCACCCGGCUGCUCAGCCUGGAGGGCCGCUCGGGAACGGCCGAGAAGAAACUCCUGGACUGUGAGAAAACCGCCAUGGAGUUUGGCAACCAGCUGGAGAGCAAAUGGGCCGUGCUGGGCACCCUCAUCCAGGAGUACGGGCUGCUGCAGCGGCGGCUGGAGCACGUGGAGAACCUGCUGAAGAACAGGAACUUCUGGGUGCUGCGCCUGCCCCCCGGCCCCCGCGGGGAGGUGCCCAAGGUGCCGGUGACGUUUGUUGACAUCGCCGUCUACUUCUCGGCGGAGGAGUGGAAGAAUUUGGAGGAGUGGCAGAAGGAGCUGUACAACAACCUGGUGAAGGAGAACUACGAGUCGCUCAUCUCCCUGGAUGCAGCACUGUCCAGGAGUGACACACAGCCCCGGCUGGAGCGUGGGGACGUGCCCUGCGUCCCCGAUCAGCAGGACCUGGAGCAGCGCGAGAUGCCGGCAGAUGCCUGUGCGGAGCCGCUGAUCUCCACCUCCGACAUCCUGUCCCGGAUCAAGCAAGAGGUGGCAUUUGUUGGGGAGCAGCAGUUUGGGGAGGAGCGGGGGAUGCCCACCGACCCCUGUGCAGGUGAAGUCUCCAUUGCCCACAGCAUCUGCCGUCCCUCAGCACGGUCCCUUCCCCACAGCCCCAUGUCCCCAUCCCUGUCCUUCCCCACAGGUGCAGACGCCCUGAUCACAGCUCACGACUUCUUGUCGUGGAUCAAGCAGGAGGAGGAACCGUGCGUCAGGGAACCCUGGGAGCUGCCAGAGAGGGAAAUCCUGCCUGGUCCCGUCCCUGGUCCUGGCCCUGCCGGUGAGGCGCUGCUGGUGAAGAUGGAGGAGCAGCGCUGUCCCCGCGCCGAGCCCCCCGAGGAAGUGCUGCCGGGCGCCUCGGGCGAGCUGCUCUUCCCAGCCCCGAGCUUUGGGACCCCGGAGGGACAGGCCGUGCCGGCGGCGGCCGGGGGCAACGCGGCAGCGCAGCACAGACUGAGCAAAGAGCUGAGCGCCGAACCGGGGCCGGCGGCCGAGCCGGUGGGGGUCCCGGUGCCGGUGCCGGUGUCGGAGGAGCGUCCGCACGGCUGCGCCGAGUGCGGGAAGAGCUUCAGCGGGAAGAAAAGCCUCCGCAUCCACCAGCGCAGCCACGCGGCCGAGCGGCCGUACCCGUGCGCCGAGUGCGGCAAGAGCUUCAACUGCCACUCGGGGCUGGUGCGGCACCAGAUGAUCCACCGCGGCGAGCGGCCCUACAAGUGCACCGAGUGCGGGAAGUGCUACAGCCGCAAGGAGCACCUGCAGAACCACCAGCGGCUGCACACCGGGGAGCGGCCCUUCGUCUGCGCCGCCUGCGGGAAGAGCUUCAUCCGCAAGCAGAACCUGCUCAAGCAUCAGCGCAUCCACACGGGCGAGCGGCCCUACCAGUGCCCUGCCUGCGGCCGCAGCUUCCGCUACAAGGAGUCCCUCAAGGACCACCAGCGCGUGCACGGGGCCGAAGCCGGACCCCCGCCGCCGCCGCAGCCCCCCGGGUUGCCCCCCGGAGAUUAGGGAGGGGCGGCCCGUGGCUGCGGACUGAGGGCCCCCCCCGCCCCCGGCACCGGCGGCUCGCGUCGGCCACGGAGCUUCGUACCAAACGCGGGCGGCCGGCCCCGCCGAGGCCAGCCGCUCGCAGCCCCGCGCUCACCCCAACCCCGACAAUCCGGGGAACGACGGGCGGAGCUGCCGCCGCCGGCCGCGUCCCCGUCCCCGCCUGCCGCUCUGCCCUCCCUCUUUCCCCCCCCCCCGCUUAUUUUUACUCCCCGUGCCGUCCCGCUCUGUACAGUGCUUGGGGUGUCGUUUUGUAUGGACGGUGCAACGCAGAAUAAAGUCGUGCUGGGCUGCCGCGCCUUCGCCCUGGCCCCGUGGGGUCCCCGCUCAAAGCCACCCCAGGACAGUGGCGGUGUCCCCCGAGCCGGAGCAGGGGUUGGAAGCAGAGCAGCCCCGCAGGGACACGCGGCGUUUCUCAUUUUCCUUUCCCUCGCUGAACUCUUGGCCCUGAGAAUUGGGCUGCGCGCAGAGCCCACCCCUCCCCGCAUCCCCCCCGCAUUUCCAAACCGGCACCAGGAAUAAAACCCGGUGCCCGUCUCACUCCUUUGGCUGCUUGUUGUCUCCCAGAAGGGACCCGCGCCGCCCAGCAAGGACUGCAGCGCCAUCACCCACACGCGGUGACACGUUCAGCCUCGCGGGGACAGCACGCCGCGCUGUCACCCCAGCAUGGGCCGUGCUUGGACCGUGGGGGAUGGGGGACACUGAGUCAACACAUGCAGUGAUGGCUUCUUUUUUUUUUUUUUUUUUGCCUCUUUUUGCCUUUUUUUUUUUUUUUUUUUUUGAAACAGAAGUUUAUGGUUAUAUGCAAAUUAGGUCAUUAAAUGAUUUGCAUAAAAUGUUCGCCCA